CCCCGCGAGGGGUGAGCUCCGGGUAGGCUGUCCGGCGGCGGCGGCCGCGGUCUGCACCCACUGAGGGCAAAGCGGCCGGGAGGGAGCCGUCCGCCCGGGCUUGGCCUCGGGAUCGCCGGGGGCCUCGCGCCGCUCUCGUCGGCCGUGGGCGGCGGGGUUUCGCAGCCUAUCUCCUUUCCGGGUUGGCGGGCCGCCUGAUCCGGGCCACCCGGCCUGUUGGCUGGGUUACCCGGGAGGCAGCCCGGACUUGCGUGGGCCUGGGGAACGCGGGGGCAGGACGCUCCACCUGUACAAGCCGUCGGAGCCCAGUCGCGGCCGUCGCUCCCGAAGCACGGCAGCCAUGAAGCCCAACUUCUCCUUGCGACUGAGGGUCUUCAACCUCAACUGCUGGGACAUCCCCUACCUGAGCAAGCAUAGGGCGGACCGCAUGGAGCGUUUGGGAGACUUUCUGAACUUGGAGAGCUUCGACCUGGCUCUACUGGAGGAGGUGUGGAGUGAACAGGAUUUCCAGUAUCUGAGACAGAAGCUGUCGCUCACCUACCCAGAUGCACACUACUUCAGAAGCGGAAUCAUUGGCAGUGGCCUCUGUGUCUUCUCCAAACACCCAAUCCAGGAAAUUAUGCAGCAUGUCUACACUCUGAAUGGCUACCCUUACAUGGUCUGUCAUGGAGACUGGUUCUGUGGGAAGGCUGUGGGGCUGCUGGUGCUCCAUCUCAGUGGACUGGUGCUCAAUGCCUAUGUUACCCAUCUCCAUGCUGAGUACAGUCGACAGAAGGACAUCUACCUAGCACACCGUGUGGCCCAAGCUUGGGAACUGGCCCAGUUCAUCCACCACACAUCCAAGAAUGCAGAUGUGGUUCUCUUGUGUGGGGACCUCAACAUGCAUCCCAAAGAUCUGGGAUGCUGCCUGCUGAAGGAGUGGACAGGGCUGCGUGAUGCCUACAUUGAAACUCAGGACUUCAAGGGCUCUGAAGACGGCUGUACCAUGGUACCCAAGAACUGCUAUGUCAGCCAGCAAGACCUGGGACCGUUUCCCUUUGGCAUUCGCAUUGACUAUGUGCUUUACAAGGCAGUUUCUGGGUUCUGCAUCUCCUGUAAGACUCUCAAAACCACUUCAGGCAGUGACCCCCACAGUGGCACCCCCUUCUCUGAUCAUGAGGCCCUCAUGGCUACUCUGUAUGUGAGGCACAGCCCGCCCCAGCAAGACCCCAGCCCUACCAAUGGACCACCGGAGAGAUCAUCAUUGAUCGGCGUGCUAAGGGAGGCCUGGACAGAGCUGGGGCUAGGCAUAGCUCAGGCUCGCUGGUGGGCUGCAUUUGCUGGCUAUGUGAUUGUUCUGGGGCUGUUUCUCCUCGUGUUGCUGUGUGUCCUGGCAGCAGGAGAAAGGGCCAUGGAAGUAGCCAUACUGCUCUGGACACCCAAUAUAGGGCUGGUGCUAGGGGCGGGCGCCAUCUACCUCUUCCACAUGCAGGAGGCCAAAGGCUUGUGUCAGGCCCAGGCUGAACUCCAACACGUGCUGGGAAGAGUAAGGGAAACCCAGAACCCACGCUUAGGGCCUCACUUAGCUCAACUUCUGGCAUCAGGAGGGGAACAGAGCUAAAGAAUAAUAAAGUAUGACACUCUA